UGCAUAAGUUCUCUAGUGGGGAGAUGAUAUAAAAAGCCACCAGAGCACUCCACAAGGCACAGACUUUCAGAGACAGCAGAGCACACAAGCUUCUAGGACAAGAGCCAGGAACAAACCACCGGAAGGAACCAUCUCACUGUGUGUAAACAUGACUUCCAAGCUGGUGGUGGCUCUCUUGGCAGCCUUCCUGCUUUCUGCAGCUCUGUGUGAAGGUGCAGUUUUGUCAAGGAGUGGUAGAGAACUUAGGUGUCAGUGCAUAAAGACGUACUCCAAACCUUUCCACCCCAAAUUUAUCAAAGAACUGAGAAUGAUUGAGAGUGGACCACACUGCGCCAAUACAGAAAUUAUUGUAAAACUUUCCGAUGGAAGAGAGCUCUGUCUGGACCCCAAGGAACAAUGGGUGCAGAGGGUUGUGGACAAGUUUGUGAAGAGGGCUGAGAAUCAAAAUUCAUAAAAAACAAUACAUUCUCCAUGGUAUCCAAGAAUUCCUCAGUGAAGAUGCCAAUGAAACUUCAAGCAAAUCUACUUCAACACUUCAUGUAUUGUGUGGGUCUGUUGUAGGGUUGCCAGAUGAAAUACAAGAUGCCUGGUUAAAUUUGAAUUUCAGUAAACAAUGAAUAGUUUACAUUGUAUCAUGCAAUAUCCGGAACAUACUAAUAUGUAAAAUAAUAUUUAUUUGAAUCUACAGCAAACAACAAAUAAUUUUUAAAUAUAAGAAUUUUCCUAGAUAUUGCAUGGGAGAAUAUACAAAUAGCAAAAUUGAGGUCAAGGGCCAACAGAAUAUCUAAACUUUAAUUUCAGGAAUUGAAUGGGUUUGCUAGAAUGUGAUAUUUGAAGCAUCACAUGCAGAUGAUGGGACAAUAAAUUUUGCCACAAAGUCAAAUUUAGCUGGAAAUCCUGGAUUUUUUCUGUUAAAUCUGGCAACUGUAGUCUGCUAGCCAGGAUCCACAAGUCCUUGUUCUAAUGUGCCUUAGUUUCUCCUUUAUUUCUAAGUGGAAAAAGUAUUAGCCACCAUCUUACCUCACAGGGAUGUUGUGAGGACAUGUGGAAGCACUUUAAGUUUUUUCAUCAUAAUAUAAAUUAUUUUCAAGUGUAAUUUAUUUACCUAUUUAUUAUUUAUGUAUUUAUUUAAGCAUCAAAUAUUUGUGCAAGAAUUUGGAAAAAUAGAAGAUGAAGAAUCAUUGAUUGAAUGGUUAUAAAGAUGUUAUAGUAAAUUUAUUUUAUUUUAGAUAUUAAAUGACAUUUUAUUAGAUAAAUUUUGAUCAGAAUUUUCAGAUUAAACAAACAAUUGGACAUCCAGUUAAAUUUUCAUUUCAGAUAAACAACAAAUAAUUUUUUAGUAUAAGUACAUUAUUAUUUAUCUGAAAUUUUAAUUGAACUAACAAUCCGAGUUUGAUACUCCCGGUCUUGUCAUUGCCUUGUAUGUUAUGCAGUGCUGUGUUGAAUUAUGGAAUAAUGAGUCAGAACUAUUAAAACAGCCAAAAUUCCACAGUCAAUAUUAGUAAUUUCUUGCUGGUUGAAACUUAUUAUGUACAAAUAGAUUCUUAUAAUAUUAUUUAAAUGAUUGUACUUUUUAAUACAAGGUUUUUUAUUUUUAACUUUAAGAUGUUUUUUGUGUUCCCCAAAUUUUUUCUACUGUUUCUGAUUGUAUGGAAAUAUAAAUGUAAAUAUGAAACAUUUAAAAUAUAAUUUGUUGUCAAAGUAA